AUGAAAUGGCCCGGCGACGCCCCGGAAAAAGCGCCCAAGAUCGCCAAGAGUGGCGACACCGUGAUCUCAUACGAGCCCACAGAAACUCACAAAAGAACUGACGAGAUAUACUCGGGCUGGAUGAAGGCUUCUUUCACCCCGGCUCACUGGAUGCCUGUGCAGGCGAUCAUAGAGGGUGAUGAUGAAGUAUUGGAGACCUCGUUCUCGCCAUAA